AUGAGCAGCCCACGCAGAAGGAUCGAGACAGAUAUGCUUAUGUCCGACUACGAGGUGACUCUAGUCAAUGACAAUAAAUUCUACGUCCGAUUCAAGGGUCCCGCUGAGACACCAUUCGAGAAUGGCAUUUGGAAGGUCCACGUCGAACUUCCCGAUCAAUACCCGUACAAGUCACCUAGUAUCGGCUUCGUCAACCGUAUCUUCCACCCGAAUAUCGAUGAGCUGUCCGGUUCGGUUUGUUUAGACGUCAUCAACCAGACAUGGUCCCCCAUGUUUGACAUGAUCAACAUCUUCGAGGUCUUCCUCCCACAGCUCCUAAGAUACCCCAACCCUGCCGAUCCUCUCAACGGAGAAGCAGCUGCGCUCUUGAUGCGCGAGCCAAAGAGCUACGAUGCCAAGGUCAAGGAGUACGUUCAGAAGUAUGCCAGCAAGGAUGCCGCCGACGAGGCCGGAGCCGAGAGCGAAGACGACGACGAUAUGUCCUCGGUUGCAAGUUUCGGAGAAGACGAUGAACCCGCAGGCCAAAUGGACGACGUAUAGGUAGCUAGCCCAUCGACGUCGGAUUAGUUGUGCCUUUCACGCAUCCCCAAUCAACUAAUAGCAUACAUACAAUCUGUUCUUUGGAUUACGGAGUAAUGAGUAAUAUGAUUUUCUUCUGGUGGUUACGGAUGGCAUUUGGUGUCGCUGCAUGGAAUUUGCAAUUUGCAUAAAGAAUCGAGCCGGAUACUGGAAUUCCCACAUCGUCAAACGGCUAGCAUUGACUUCGUUUUAUAUUUG